AUGACGGCGGCCAUGGUGGCGGAGCCCGGAACAGCCCAGGGCAUAGUCACGAGCGCUCUGGACGGAGCGCACGUUCUCCGUUGCGGAAGCGAUGAUGCGACAAUGACCCAGAGCGACCAUACCGGCGAAGAUGGGUCUCUCCCAGAUGUGGGAGGUGCGGACUACCCGAUGGACCAGGUGGUGUUCGGGUUGGCUUGGAGCGCGGACGAGUAUGCGUGCAUGGAGGAGUGUCGAGCUUCACGCAGCGAGUUGCUACGGCAAUAG